AUGGUUAUUGUUAUUUCAAAGAAAGUGAUUGAUAAUAUUUAUGCACUUGGUGCAGCAACAUCAGCUGAUUGUGAUUUUCAAGCACGUUUACUUGAAUCUCAACUUGAAUUAUUUAAAUUAAAUCAAGAUCGACAAGUUCGUGUUGUGACAGCUGAAGAUGAAACAAAACAAUUGAUACGUGAUGCACUCUAUGCAUCUACCAUAACAGAUUUAUUUUCUGGAAGUAAAAUUAAUAUGUAUGUAUUAACAAAAGAAAUAUUAGAUAAAUUUUUAUCAUAUGAAAUUAUUGCUGUUCGUACUGAAAAACAAGCUGAUUAUACAUUGACUAAAGGAACAACUGAGGUUUUAUCAAUAAAUGUAAAAAAGAUUGAAUAUGAUGUAGUUAAUGAAAAAGUUAAAGCAACAGAAACUCAUGAAGCUAUGGAACUGGCUUGA